AUUUGGGGCAAGUUUUAUUUUUGGUACGUAAUUCUUAGGACUUCCUUUUUGUAUGCAAACUUGAAUGUAGUAUUCAUGUGUAUUCAGGAACAUUCAAUAUUUAUCUCGAAACUGAUUGGAUUCUUCCACAUACUUAUUUUCAUCUUUCUCGUUUUUUGGGGGAGAGUAGCGUUUCAUCCGCUUUUGCCAAUGUUGCUAUAUAGACCCAGUCGCCAUGACACCAUUUCCUCAAUGACAAUGUAAAUUAAAGGUCUUUUCACCUGAGUAUGAUGUUCCUUUUGGCGAACUUAAUAGAUAGAUCAUCGAGCUGUCGUCCCUAGGUUAAAUAAUCUAAUUGAUUUGAAACCUAAACAAUCAUGUGAUGCUGAGUAUUUUAAAAGUCAAGUGUACUGUGAAUAAGUGCCGUCCAAAGAAAUGGAUUUUCCAUAAAGUUAUCCUUGAUGUGCAUUGUUCCGCUGCCGUAUUCGCUGAAAGUGUACUCUAUUUUUAUCCCUGCCUUAUAUUAUUUCGUCAGUUUUGGGACGAGGAUUUCUAUAUUGUUUGGGAGCAUAGGAGUUCAUGUGUCGACGAUUUUCUUAUAAAUUUGUGUACAUUUAUGAAAUAAAAUAGCAUUUCAUCCUCAUAUAUGGUUCGAAUACUGGAACUAAAUCAGUUGUCCAAUUUGGAAUGGUACUUCAGUUAUAUGGCCAUUGUUUAUUGGUUGAACCAGUUAUGUUGUAUGCUUUAAGACAGUGACAAGCUUACCUAAAUAUCUUAAGUCUAUGUUCAAAUGUAGUAACUAGCAGUUUGCUGGUGAUUUUUGGAACUUCCUGCUGUUGUGAACAUAAAGUGCACAAAUCUAAGUUUUCUCGAUGUUCAGUUUGUUUAUUUUUAUGCAUAAAUUUUGUCCAUGAUUCUCUCUCUCUCUCCCUCUAUAUAUAUAUAUACAUAUAUAUAUAUAUGCAGAACUCAGCAAUCUCAACUACCCCCCCCCUUUUAUGAUAUAAAUGUUUUUAGUGCGGCGUUACUAUUCUGGAGAACUAAUAUGAUGUUUACAUUAAAUUUAUAGCCUUUUGAUUUGAAAGAUGAUGAAUCCUUAAGAAAAGCCAUGAAGUAUAGUGAUGUGGUCAUCAAUCUAACAGGCACAGAUUCUGACACUAGAAACUUUACUAUUGAACAUGUACACAUUGAUGCGGCCUCGCGGAUUGCAAGGAUAUCUAAAGAAUUAGGAGUUCAGCAACUGGUUCAUGUAUCUGCACUGUGUCAAAAUAAGAAUCCUCCGAAAUAUGUUCGGAAGCCCUCUCGAUAUAUGAUAUCUAAAGCAAUUGGUGAAGAGGAGGUUCUGCGUGAACGCCCAGACGCUACGAUUUUCAGACCAGCUGAAAUAUGGGGACCACAUGAUCGUUUUUUGUGCUAUUUUGCUUCAAGACCUCGGCGAUUCCAUAGAUUUCAAAAUGUUCAUAUCCCAUUAUGGGCUCGUGGCAAAAAUACCGUAAAGCAACCUGUUUGUAUACAUGAUCUUGCCCGUGGAAUUGUCAAUUCAUUGCAUAAUCCAGAGUCACUAGGACAGAUUUAUGAAGCCGUUGGUCCUCAUCGUUAUCGAUUAGAUGACUUAGUAAAGUGGAUUUAUUUCAUUUGUCGAUACUUACCUAGUGAGGUAUACGUAACUUCAAUGACCCCCUUGUUUUUAGCCCGAACUUACAUCUAUGAACGUGUUUCUCCCAAUUAUUCCCACCUUACAUUUGAACGGUUAGAGAGAGAAAGUGCUACGGAUAUUUUAUCUGGUUGCCCAACACUUGAUGACCUUAAUGUCAAGCUAAGCAAAUUGGAGGACCACAUUAAUCAUAUUGUAUUUCUUUACCGCCGACAGCAUUUCUAUUGGGACGCUCUUGGUGAAUUUCCGGAACCACCUCCUCCUCCUAUCCAAUUUCAAUAAGUUUCUGCUUAAUUUGAAUUUAAUACCUAGAAUUCAUAGUAUGGUAUUGUUGUUUGAGAAAUAAAUAUAUACAAACAAUCACUCAAUAUUAA